AAUAUAUAAAUAGUACCUUCUCUACCAUUUAGCUCACACAAAGCUAAAUCCCUUUCUACAAAAGCUAAUUAACCAACAUUGACAUCAAAAAAUGAAUUUUGAGAAUCCAUUCCCAAACCCAAUAUUUUUGGCUGUUGUAGUCUUCUUAAUUUGGGUAGUCUUAUUAAACAAAACACAAAAAAAACUCCCUCCAAGCCCAACCAAACUUCCAAUUUUAGGGAACCUUCAUCAACUAAUUGGUAAUUUGCCUCAUGUUUGUCUUGAAAAACUCUCAAAAAAACAUGGCCCACUUAUGUUCUUACAAUUAGGCUCAAUCCCAACUCUAGUCAUAUCUUCUUCAAACAUGGCUAGAGAAAUCCUUAAACCCCAUGAUCUAAUUUUCUCUGGUAGACCACAACUAUACGCAGCAAAAACACUAAGUUAUAACUAUAACAACAUAUCAUUUGCGCCCUACGGCGAGUAUUGGAUGGACGUACGAAAAAUUGCGGUAUCAGAGCUAUUCAGUACGAAACGAGUAAACUCGUUUCGUACUUUUAGAUCUGAGGAGGUAAACCUCGUAAUGGACUCCAUUACGAGGUGUUGUACAACUAAAAAACAUGUGAAUAUAAGUGAAUUGAUGAUUUCUCUAGCAAAUAACGUUGUUUGUCGUGUGGCAUUUGGUAUGAAAUUUGAUGGGAAUGGUAAAGAGAUCUUGAAAAGGGCACAAUGUUUGUUGGGUGAGUUAAAUGUUGCGGAUUUUUAUCCUUGGUUUGGUUGGGUAGUCAAUAAAUUUAAUGGGGUGGAUGGUAGACUUGAUAGGAAUUUUAGAGAUUUGGAUGAGUUUUAUGAUCAAGUUAUUCAACAACAUCUUGAUUGUGUGAUAAAAAGUGAAGGUGAUGAUCAGGAUUUUGUUGAUGUGCUGCUUCAAAUUCAGAAGAAUAAUUCAGGGCAAACUAUCACCUUGAAUAAUAACCAAAUCAAGGGUAUUCUUACGGACAUGUUCAUAGCUGGAACAGACACAUCAGCAUCAGUACUUGUAUGGGCAAUGACUGAACUGAUAAGAAAUCCACCAUUAAUGAAAAAAGUUCAAGAUGAGGUAAGGCAAGUAGUCAAAGGAAAACAAAGAGUAGAAGAAAGUGAUCUUCCUCAACUUACAUACAUGAAAUUAGUCAUAAAAGAGACAUUUAGGUUACACCCUCCUGUCCCCCUCUUAGUUCCAAGAGAAACUACUACACCAUGCACCAUCAUUGGUGGGUAUAAAAUCCCACAAAAAACUAGGGUUUUAAUCAAUGCAAAGGCUAUAGGAAUGGACCCAAAUAUUUGGGAUUGUGACCCAAAUGAGUUUAAGCCUGAGAGGUUUUUGGAUAGUCCAAUUGAUUAUAAAGGGCAUGAUUUUGAGUUGAUUCCUUUUGGAGUUGGUAGGAGAGGGUGCCCUGGCCUUACUUUUGGGGUUCUUUUGAUUGAACUUGCACUUGCUAAUCUUUUGUAUUGUUUUGAUUGGGGUUUGCCUUAUGGGAUGACAAAGGAUGAUAUAGAUAUGGAAGAAGCUAUUGGAAUUACUGCCCAUAAGAAUAUUCCACUUUUAUUGUUUGCUAAUCCUAGAUCAUCUUGAUCCUUGUUUGAUGAAUGCUAGCUCUAAUGUACAUAUAUGUAUUUAUUUUAUGAAUCUUUUCCCACAAUAAUUCUAUUAGGGAAAAUUUUUCCCAGUAUGCGUUAAAGAGGAAAAAUAA